AUGACAAUCAAAAAGCGUGUUCUGAGUUUGGAGAGUGGCCUUCCCAAAGUCAAGGAUGUCCCCAACACAGUGGAGGUUCUGGUUGUGGGAAACUGGCAUGAUGGCUUAGAAUUAGCAAAGGCUGGUCAAUUGUUUUAUGCAUUGGGGUACAUUGGGGAUGGGUUCUCAAAAGUCGUGAUCUAUGGUCGGGAAGGUGAACAUGGCUUAGCAAUCUGUGUGCCGAAGCAAUCAGUGCAUACUGAAAAGGAGGUCAAGUACUACCUGGAGUGUGAGCUUCAUAUCACAGGAAUGGCCCAACAAUUUGCCAUGAACUUCAUGAACAAUGUGAAAUGGGCAGUUCAAGAUUGCACGCUUAGAUGCAGUGAUUUUGUUAGCAUCCAGUUCAACACUGAUGGGAUGUUCAUAGGGACCCUAGUUGAGGAAAUGCCACAUGCAUUGUUGGAGCCCAUUCUUCCAUAUGAUACAUUUAUUGCCACCAAAUUUCUUCCCCAUCCACCCCAAGCACAAGGAUUUCAGAAGUUCACUGGGUCCGCGGUCGAUGUUGAGCCAUCGCUAUGUCCAUCUGAGCAUAAUACUAUGGAUGCAUUUCAGCAUUGUACUAACAGGGUGUCCAGCAGAAAAUACUUGAUUACCGACCUUCAAGGUAUUUGGAGUGGUUCCUCCAAUGCCAGCUGUUGGAUGCUUUUUGAUCCCCAAGGGCACUCAUCUAAUUUCAGGCAAGUCCCAUCUGAUUACAAUGGUGAAUGA